AUGGGUUGUGUUUACGGGAAGUGCUGUAGCAGAUUUCGACGAACCUCAGGUGGUGAUAACAAGGAAGAAUUGGGUGUAUAUCCUGGUCAGAAUAAGCAUAUACUUGCUAACAGUUUGGUAGAGAUUGUGAAUGUUCCUUCACACAAUUUCAGGUUAGAGUAUUCUGUUCUUACACAGCGGGGUCAUUACCCUGAAACGCCCGGAAAGGAAAAUCAAGAUAGUUAUUGUAUCAAAAAGAAUAUUCAGGGCAACCCUGAUGUUCAUUUCUUUGGUGUGUUUGAUGGGCAUGGACAGUUUGGAACCGAGUGCUCGAAUUUUGUUAAGGAUAGACUCGUUGAGAUUUUAUCAAAUGAUGCUGCAUUAUUAGUUGAUCCUGAUAAGGCUUAUAGUACUGCAUUUUCGGCAACAAAUGAUGAACUUCAUAAUAGUGAUAUAGAUGAUUCCAUGAGCGGUACUACGGCUAUAACAGCUCUUAUGAUUGGGGAUAAGCUUUAUGUUGCAAAUGUUGGUGACUCGAGAGCAGUGUUAGCUGUCAAGGAAGCGAAUAAAAUCGUUGCUCAAGAUUUAUCUCGUGACCAGACGCCAUUCCGGGUAGAUGAAUGUGAGAGAGUGAAGCUUUGUGGGGCUAGGGUUUUGAGUGUUGAUCAAGUGGAAGGGCUUAAGGAUCCCAGGAUACAAUCUUGGGGAGACGAGGAAACCGAGGGUGGUGAUCCACCAAGGUUGUGGGUUCAAGAUGGGAUGUAUCCAGGAACUGCAUUUACACGUAGUGUAGGGGAUAGACUGGCGGAGAAGAUUGGUGUGGUUGCUGAUCCCGAAGUGUCCGUGGUAGAGCUUACAGCUAAGCAUCCAUUCUUUGUUGUUGCAAGUGAUGGGGUGUUUGAGUUCCUACCUAGCCAAACUGUAGUGGACAUGCUGCAUCUGUCAAUGCCAAAGAUGGAUGUGGUGAAGGAAAUGCUAGGUCAAGGAACUCCAGAUAUGUUACAGAUAUCCAUAAUCUCUUUACUUACCUCUGACGCUGCAAUUCAUCGUACCCUCGAUUUCUCCGAAUCUAUAAGCUCAAAUCUGAUGAAAAAUGGCGUCAAUGGCAAAGAAGGAUUGUAG